AUGGGGGUCGACACUCGCAGAUCCAGACCCGUUCUUCCCGCUCCCACAGAGUCCCUCGUCGAUACGACAGGCGGCAGCACUACGGGCACAGAUCUGGCAACUGACCUUUCUCGCCGCACAGACAAGACGUCCUUUUCAAUCCCGGACGACGGCAGCCCUAUCACGGUCUCCACCCGACGGCAUCGGGACCGAGACAGCAAGCUGUCGCACUCACACCGUGACUCCCAUACCUCCCUCCUGAUCGAAUAUUUCGAAGGUGGGAAGGAAUCCGGUGGCAUUGCCUCGCGACCCAGUGUCCGAGUUCGAGUGACUCCCUCCGGCGCUCGUAAAUCCAAAGAUAGGGAUCGCAUUCAGAUCACUGAAUCCAACCGCAAACCCUCGUACACCCGGCGCAUCUCAUUGACCUCACCCGGCUCCAAACCGAAGCAGCUGACCGAGUCAGGAGUCGACGAGGACCUCAGUCUUAGUGAUAGCAACUCGGUUGACGAGGACGGACGGGCGAUCUCCCCUCGCCCCCCAGUCGAGGUGGAGCUACUCAAUCGCGAUCGCGGAAGCGAACUGUCCACCAUCUCGCGCGACGCUAGAUUUGUCUUCCCGCCGUCGGAUAUCUCGUCCAUGCCCGCCGACAGCAUGCUCGGCACGACGUCUUCCGCUGGACCCCGGCGCAAGCGCAGCCAAAGUCUCGAGCGGGACUCAACUCACGGGGACGUUGGCCUGUUGAAGACACCCUCGCGACGACGCAGCCGCAGUCUGAGUAAAGAGCGCAUAGCCCAUCGCGUGGCUGAAAAGCUUAGCGGCUCGCCUCAAGACAAACACCGACACCGGCAUAGGAAUAAGCAUUCACGCAAGGAAUAUUUGGACCCCGAGUCCAAACCCUCCCGUCGCAAGCAUUACGACGAGGACAUCGUCCCCAGUGCCGAAUCCAGCCUGUUGAGCACCUCGGCGGUCUCGUCGAAUCGCAAAUCGGGGGAUCAGUAUUCCAUUCGGUCGGGAGCAUCCAAGUCAUCCAUCAACAAUCCGAAGCUGCUGGAGACAGUGGAAGAUGCGAUUCGCCGAUUGAUCCUGCCGGAGUUGAAAGAGAUGAAAAAGGACCAAAAGGUCAUGAAAAACACCAGUCGAUUCGAGCGCGAGCGCGAUAUGAUGACCAAUUACUCAUCUACCAGUUCCCGUGAUGAACUAGUCCGAAGAUUGUCCAAACACUCGAGUGCGCCGGACAUUGUCAAGCCGAGAGUGGUCUUGAAUAAGGACAGCAAGGAUGAAGGCAUCGUUCUCGCCGAGUCUGGACCUCGCUUCAAGGACAAUCAAAAGGGGUCGCCAAGAGCUCGCAAGUCCAGCAAAGGUAGCGAGACAUCAGACAGUGCCUGGGUGAAAUGGGGUCGGCCGGAGCUUACAGAGCAGGAUAAGUUGCGACGACAGAAGAGCAAAGGAUUGCGAGAUGCGCAAGCAGCCGGACGGGUGGGCUCCGCGCUCACUGCGGCGUCGCUCAAGCACCAUGAUUCCCAAUCCAGCCUCGGCCACGGUGAACGGAGAGGAAGCGGCUCCCGGAAAAGCGUGGAUAGCUUCAAUCUUAACGAAACCGAAUUGGUUUUCAAGAAACACAACGUGCCGCGCAUGCCCAUGCACAGUGAGAUGGAUUCGGAGCUGACCAGGGCAUCCUUGCUCUCUGAGCGCACCGAGAGCCCGGGCCCGAACUCCCAAUUCACACAUGGUGAGGUGAUGCGUGGGUCACCUCGCCAACUCGCAUCGCCUAGCUCACGGACGCCUACGCGAACGCCGACGCGGAAUCCUGUGGACGCAGGACAAGAACUAGCCAUGCGCCACGGAAACCAGUCGCAGCGAGAUCUUUCUCUUCAUAGUACGUCCGAUCGCGACCUUCACAGCAAAAGUCGCUCGCCUGGCACCGAUCAAGGCGAUUGGGCGAUUGCAGCCGCAGCCGCAGCGAACUUGCUAGAUGCUGCCCAGCCGACGGAUCAUCUCACACACGAGGAACGCUACGAAGCUGGUCGGCCAUUGAGUCCGAUCCAGAGCGUGGCGAGCGAUCUGACUGAGACCCAUAUUCAUCAAAAGGAUCAGCAUGAGCCAAAGUCACCAGCCGAUCUGGAACAAAAACUCUCAAUUGAUUCCUUAUCGUCUGCCCCGAGCACCAACCUUGCCCGGUCCACGAGGAACGCCAUCAGCCCUCAUAGUCAGCAGGGUGAUGAUCAGAACGGCCCGGAAGGUCCCGACUUUGGAUAUGACCCAUCGCGGCCCGCCUCAGAAGAGGAUCUGUAUGCACACGAAGAGGAAUCACGCCGCUCGGUUGGAUAUGAUGAUAGCGAGCUUGAUUUCAUGGAGAAGGUCAGGGAGGGCCAGCACGUGUCCGAGGGAGUGGGCGCGAAUCCUCAGUUCGUCCACCCGCUAGCUGUUGAGUCCAACGUUGCAUCUUUGAUGGAUCCUUCUGUCCUCGAGUCCCAUGUGUCAGGCCAGUCUGGCAGACGCUCCCUGGUUGAUAUUGAGCGCGUGGCUAGCCGAAGCCCCGAGAAACGCGGAAGUCCCUUGAAACAAGUUCAAGAAGCCCCAAGCCUUGACGAGACUUCGUUCCCAAGAAGAAUGGGCAUGACAUCGCCGCCUCAGAGUGUCACGCAAUCCAUCGAAGGCUUGGAUGAGAACCUAGUUCCCGCCGCCGGUGCGCGUGGCCUCGACAGUCCCCUUGAAGACGCCGACGACCGCAGCCAAGAGUCCGAAUCUGAAAUCAACACCAACCCAUCCAUUAUUCAGGGUCCUAUCGGCGGUGUGCCUCCGGUCGAUCAGGACCAUUGGGGUGCAGCCCCAGUUUCCUACUAUGAUUCUCCAGCUGUUCAACAUGCGGGUGCUCAUGACCGGGCUCACCAACCCCAGCGCAGUUUCGACGCCGAAUACUAUGAGACUGCCAAGAACAUAUUUGGAGGUGAUGACUAUUUUGUGGAAGGACAGGAUGAUCAAUUAUUCGGUACUCCUCCUCAUGCGAAAGAUGAGGGCUACGUUUCGGCCGCAAACCCGAUGUCACCGAGCAAUGGCACCCCUUCGAAGGGCAGUCGUGGGUUCGCUGCUGGUGCGCCCGUGGCAGGAACUUUUGACAGCUCUGGAGGGGCGGACGAUCCCUUUGCUUCGGAUCAGCAACGCCAUUUCAGUGGCUAUUCUCACGGUGUGGAGUCGCCGCUUUACGACAGUGCUACGGGCCGUGGAAUUGAAAGAAUCCAAUCCAAGGACAUCGUUGCUUUGAUGGAUCAUCUUACUGUUCGCGAUGCCCAACGCAAUGCUCGGGACACGGAGAUUCUGGUGACGCUGGUUCGAAGUGCUGCGGAAAUGCGCACCUCAUUCGAGGAGAUGAAAAAGUUCAUUGCGGCCCAGGAUGAAAAACUGCAAGAUUCUACGGAAAAGCAACACUCUCAGACCCUCAGAGCGCUGGGUGGGCCACGUCCGCUGCCUCCGAGUGGUUCGAGAAGUCGCCAGAUGAACCUGGAGGACGAAGAGGACUUCCAAUCCAAGCGCAAAAACAUAUUCAGGCGUGCUCUGAAAGGUCUUAGCCUCAAGUCAGGCAAUGAUCUUGCGAAAAUUGAGGGCAUGCUAGAGCAGCUACUUGAUGAGGUUGAGGCUCUCCGUGAAGGGCAAGGUCUACCCAGUCCUCGUAAUGGACUUCCGGGAGUUGGUGCGAUGUCUCAUGAUCCUGCAAACGGGUUCAGUGCCGCUGGUGCAGCGAAUCGCCCGCAGCAUGGAGCUGGUUCUCGACCUAGUACUUCGGAUCAUCACGCUGAUAAUCACAUGGUUGAUGACCUGGAGGAUAAUGAGGACUUGGAUAUCGACGAUGAUGAUCGGUUUAUUGCUGCUCAUCUCCCAGUCCAAGAGCCUGUCCGCCACGAACGCGCCGGUUCUAUGCCUCUUUCGACGCCACCUCGCAAGCCCGUGCCUACAGGAGCCCGAAGCACCGAAACCACCCCCAAGAAUUCUGUUGACAAGGCUCGCAAGCACAAAUCAAGCAGCUCGUCGAUUUUCCCGAAAUUCUCGCGCUGGUCUAAAACGACCGCCUCGUCAAUGGGCGACAACAUUCGCAACAGUAUUCAGCCGAACCGCAAAGAGCGUCCUUACUCUGAUCAUUCCCGCUCUGGUUCUGACGUUCCACAGGAGGCAUACAAAACGGGUGACUUUUAUGAUGCCCAAGGCGACGACCGUCUGCGUUCAACUUACACUCUUGACGAAGCGCAGGAUGAGAACCGACCACCAUCCCCAUUGGUACCUUCGCAAGUCUCCGAGGCACCCAAAUACCGUGCUCAUCGUGGCAGUUUGGAUUUGCAACAUCCGCAACCGCGCCAGGGCCCUACUGGCCGGUACCAAAAUCAAUUGGAGAACCAGGCUCAAACCUACACUACUCCUACCUCACCCACUUCCGAUCAAUGGGGAUCUAACCCUAGCUUGCCCCCAGCUUUGGCAACACACAAUCGCUACAGCACUGGAAGUCGCCUGUCCCCAAUCUCGGAUGCGGGAUAUUCGGAGGCAAGCUCUCGUACACCCGGCCCACCUCGGCCCCCCAAGGUCAAGGACAAUGGGCCUCUUGUUCCAGAGCGUCCACCGAAAAUCUCCGAGGAGGAGGACCAGGCCUCAGCGCCGGCUCAACCUGAUCACAAUGGCGAGCGCGUCGUCUCUAAGAGCUCCUUGCGCUCUCCGCCAACCCGCAGGCCCACCGGUCCUCGACCUCUUACGUCUGGUGGCGGAUCUUAUAGCCCAAGUAAUAUCAAGCGUACGCGCUACCGUGGCAGUCCGAUGCAGAUUGACUAUGACGACAGUUAUUGA